AUGGCCGACAACAGGCGAGGCCAUGGAGACCCCGGAGGCCAGGUCUACUCCGACGGUCGCAAGGACAAGACGCAGGCAAAUCGUGAUGACUCGGACAGGCGAGGCCAUGGAGACCCCGGAGGCCAGGCCUACUCCGACGGCCGCAAGGACAAGACGCAGGCAAAUCGUGAUGACUCGGACAGGCGAGGCCAUGGAGACCCCGGAGGCCAGGCCCACUCCGAUGGCCACAAGGAGAACACGUUCGCAGAUCGUGAUGAGUGGGAUAGGUAUCGCGCAGAUGAGGGUGUUCUACCUGGCAACGCGCCCGUCGAGUCCUUCUUGUCCAAGCUCGCACGAGCGGCAGCCGCCUCAGCGUGCCACGCCAGACAUAUGAAGCAAACCAUGGGAAAGUACUUCAAUGCUCAAGAGAAGAAAGAACCUACAACAUACAUCACUAGGGAAGAAUUCCUUGAUUUCAAGGCCUCUCUUGAGCACAGCUUGAAAGAAGUCAAGGCUGCGGUUGACAAUUCUGCGAAAGACCAGUACACACUUAUCGAGGCCUGCAGUUCUGCAAACUCUAAGAUUAUGCAGAAGGUCUUCCGCCACCUAGACGAAGUUUCCAAGGAGGUCAAGGCUGCUGUUGAUGCCGGCGUCAAGUCCCAGGAAACAAGUGCUGAUACCGCCGACAAAAUCUUCAAACUAAUGGAUGAAUUGUCGUCCACACUAAAAGAGGCCCCACUCCCCCCCUCAAAGGCCGGUGAUCUUCUGAGCAGGCUUGAGAAGCUCGCCCUCUUCCCGAAGAAGGUUAUAAACAUAUGUGACCUUGUCUCUUAUUAUGCCACCAUAAUUGGUGGCGUCUGUUUGACUGCAGGGCUUUUUGAUUCAAAAUUGGGACUUCUUGAUCCGAAAGUAGAGCAGUCUCUUAUUGAGCGUUUUUUCCCCAGCAAUAAUCCUGGCCUAUUUGAAGACAUUGGGCGCCGGACCAGAGAUGUUUUGUUCAAGGACUUCGAGCCUAAUAUGAGCGUGCCGAUCGAGCCCCGGCUUGAUGAUGUUAUGCUCUUGUCCUCCUUUGCAAACAAGUCUCCUGUGCAGAUAAUCGUUGGGAAUCAGCUGAAGCUUCGCCAUGGAUCAAUGGGUCUCGACAUAAAAGUUGAUCCUACGAGUCAUGUUAGCGCACUACUGUCUUUCCCUUGCGCGUUUGGUGCUGAUUAUGUUCCAAAAAUCCGUAUGUGUUACCCGUUCCGUGACUCUUCCACUACCUUGGAUGCGUUCUACGAGAAUGCUGCUGUUCGUGCCAACGUCAGCAUGCAUCCUGUUCGCGGUGAUGCCAUGCUGUCGUUAUCUGGUCUGUUUGGCACCAAAGCCUUCAACCUGGGGGGGGAGCAUGGAGGUGCACCCUGGGAAUGUCGGGCGGAACAUCUAUUCAGUUGGUGGAUCUGUUAGCAGCAGUACCUUCACAGCUGGACUGCAGUACAAUAACCGAGACCAGCUGUUGGUGAUGAUGACCCACAAGCUGCAGGAGAAGUCAAUGGUCAAAGAUUUGAUGCACCGAUCGGCGAUCUGCAAGGAUCUUUACACUCUCUUUGCGCCUCUACUGACGUCUGAGCUGACGAUCGCGGCUCAGCUUGUGCAUUGCAGCACAACCGAGAGUACUGUUGCUGCAGUCGGAAUCGAGUAUGUUGAUCCGAGUUCUAUCCUCAAGCUUCGCCUUGCAAGCUCGGGCGUGCUGUCUGCUGUUUUGAAGAAUAACUUGGGAGAAGGCCUUACUGUUGGCGUCAAGGGUCAUGUGAAUAUCAUGGACUUGGGUGCCGUUCCCCGGGUUGGGGUUUCAAUAGAUUGGAACCCCAGCGCCUGAGUGUUUGUUGAGGUAUGUCCUGGUUGGUUGGAGUGGAGUGGUUUAACAUGAGUAAAUCGAGAGAUUCUUUGGUCCCUGGGAGUAUGCUUGUAGAAGUUUUGGUCACUUGCUGGGAUGUUUGUUUUCUUGUUUGUGCGACCUGAAAGGAUAUGCUUGGAUGGUUAGAAGUUUUGGUCACUUGCUGGGAUGUUUGUUUGUUUGUUUUGGAAUGAAUAUGCUUGGAUGGUUAGAUGUUU